GAGGCAGCAGUACGUGGGGAAGCUCAAGUUCGCCUCCUUGGAGGCCUCGCAGGGUUCGAAGAAGCUCAUCGUGGCCACCGAGAAAAAUGUCGUGGCCGCUCUGAACUCCAGGAGCGGCGAAAUCCUGUGGCGCCAUGUGGACAAGGGAACCCCCGAAGGAGCAAUAGAUGCGAUGCUGAUCCACGGGCAGGAUGCCAUCACUGUGUCCAAUGCUGGACGUAUUCUGCGUUCCUGGGAGACCAACAUCGGAGGGUUGAACUGGGAGACGUCGCUGGACACCGGCAGUUUCCAGGUGGCUAGUUUGGUGGGGCUACAGGAUGUGGUGAAAUAUGUGGCCGUCCUGAAGAAGGCAGCCAUCUCUCUUCACUACCUUUCCAAUGGGCACCAGAAAUGGGUGGAACACUUACCAGAAAGUGAGAGUACUCAGUACCAGUUGGUGUAUUCCCAUGGGACUGGAGUGAUCCAUGUGCUUGGAGUCGUUCCCCAGAGCCACUUGAACAUUUUAACGUUCAACGUAGAAGAUGGAGAAAUUACAAAACAGAUCAGAGUGGCAGCCCCGUGGCUGAAGAGCUUAAACGGCAUGUGCGGCGUGGUGGGGGAGGCAGUGCUGGUGUGUGUGGACGUGGACACGCACUCGCUCUACGUUUGCUCCUUGGAGACCGAGCAGGAGAUGAAGGAGAUCCCACUGCAGUCGCUUGACCUGGAGUUUGCCGAUGCCUUCCAGCCCAGGAUAUUGGCCACUCAACCCAAUGUAAUCAGUGCUUCGCGGACUCAGUUUUUCCUGCAGCUGACUCCGAGCCACUUCGCUUUGCUGCAGUACAAACAUGGGCUGCUCAGCCACCUUCGGGACUUCCAGCAGGCGGCUCUGGUGAGUUUUGCAACAACUGGGGAGAAAACUGUAGCAGCUGUCCUGACCUGCAGGAGCGAACUGAAACCUGGAAGUUCUGAUGGCCUUCUUGCUGGAAGUACUCUGGAGGAUUCCCGGAAGCAGGAAUCCUUAACCUGUUCCAAUCAAACUUACAAUAUUAAUCUCUACCUGGUUGAAACUGGACAAAGAUUGUUGGAUACUACAAUUACCUUUAACCUGGAGCAGAGCGGUGCCAAGCCACAGCAGCUAUACAUCCAGGUUUUCCUGAAGAAGGAUGACUCCGUGGGCUAUCGAGCCUUAGUGCAAACAGAAGACCACAUGCUAAUGUUCCUCCAGCAGCCAGGAAAAGUUGUAUGGAGUCGAGAGGAGUCACUAGCAGAAGUGGUAAGCUUGGAGAUGGUGGAUCUACCUCUGACAGGUGCACAGGCUGAGUUGGAGGGAGAGUUUGGAAAGAAAGCAGAUGGUUUGCUGGGGAUGUUUCUGAAGCGGCUGUCCUCCCAACUUAUCCUGCUGCAAGCCUGGACUGCCCAUCUUUGGAAGAUGUUCUAUGAUGCCCGGAAACCUCGGAGCCAGAUUAAAAAUGAGAUUAACAUUGACAAUUUGGCCAGAGAUGAAUUCAACCUCCAGAAAAUGAUGGUGAUGGUCACUGCUUCGGGAAAGCUUUUUGGUAUUGAAAGCAGUUCUGGCACCAUCCUGUGGAAGCAGUAUCUCAGGAACGUGAGACCAGGCUCCUCCUUUAAGCUGAUGGUCCAAAGAACAACAGCCCAUUUCCCACACCCCCCACAAUGUACUUUGCUUGUUAAGGACAAGGAAACUAAAAUGAGCUUUCUGUAUGUCUUUAACCCCAUCUUUGGGAAAAGAAGUCAAGUAGCUCCCCCUGUUCUGAAGCGUCCGAUUUUUCAGACUUUGCUUCUGCCUAUUAUGGAUCAAGACUAUGCCAAAGUACUACUCUUGAUCGAUGAUGAGUACAAGGUUACAGCUUUUCCAGCAACUAAAAAUGUUCUUCGCCAGUUAGAAGAAAUAGCCCAUACUAUCUUUUUUUAUCUAGUGGAUGCUGAGCAGGGAAAACUCUCUGGAUUUAGGCUGAAAAAGGACCUGACAACAGAGGAGAGUUGGGAGGUGGUCAUACCCACCGAAGUCCAGAGGAUAGUGACUGUGAAAGGGAAGAGGUCCAACGAGCACGUGCACUCCCAGGGCCGCGUGAUGGGAGACCGCAGUGUUCUCUACAAGUCCUUGAACCCAAACCUGCUUGCUGUGGUAACGGAGAGCACAGAUACGCAUCAUGAGCGCACUUUCAUUGGACUAUAUCUGAUUGAUGGAGUCACAGGCAGGAUCAUCCACUCAUCGGUACAGAAGAAAGCGAAGGGACCUGUCCACAUCGUCCAUUCAGAGAACUGGGUGGUGUACCAGUACUGGAACACAAAGGCACGGCGGAACGAGUUCACUGUGUUGGAGCUAUACGAGGGGACGGAGCAAUACAACGCCACAGCCUUCAGCUCCCUCGACCGCCCGAUUUUACCUCAGGUCCUCCAGCAAUCUUACAUCUUCCCAUCUGCUAUCAGUGCCAUGGAGGCCACCAUCACCGAGCGCGGCAUCACCAGCCGUCACUUGCUCAUUGGGCUUCCCUCCGGGGCCAUCCUCUCUCUUCCAAAGGCUCUGCUGGAUCCUCGCCGCCCAGAGAUCCCUACGGAACAAAGCAGAGAAGAGAACCUGAUUCCAUACUCCCCUGAUGUACAAAUCCAUGCUGAGAGGUUUAUCAACUACAAUCAAACCAUAUCCCGAAUGAGAGGGAUUUAUACGGCCCCCUCCGGCCUGGAGUCCACUUGUCUGGUUGUUGCGUAUGGCCUGGACAUCUACCAGACCCGAGUGUACCCAUCGAAGCAGUUUGACGUCCUAAAAGACGACUAUGACUACGUGCUGAUAAGCAGCGUUCUCUUUGGGCUGGUUUUUGCUACGAUGAUCACAAAGAGACUUGCUCAGGUGAAGCU